GCUAGAACCCUCCAUCCCCCAGACUUCCAGGCCUCCCACUGUCUUGGGCUCUCACCGCGAGCCACGAGAAGACCCAGGCUCUCAGCUCUCCAAAAGCAGCCAAGGGGUGCGUCAACCAAGAAGAAAGAUCUCACCCUUCACAGGGGAAUCCUGUUGGCGGCAGCGGUGAGAACACCUAGAGACAGCCCAGGCAUCUGCAUCGGACACGAGUUGGGCAGAGGGUUGCCGCCGGCCCCGCCCAAGGCGGGAGUGCUGCACUCUUUAAGGUCAGAAGACCAGAGGCUCCAAAGACCCUCACCCAACUCAACAGACUCAACAGAAAGAAUCGAUCUACACUCCUCCCCUACUCUCACUUUCUUCUCCCUUGGGUCCCCCCCCCCCCAGCAGAAAGCUCUACUAGCCGCAAACCAGGAAAAUCUUGAAGGCACCUUCCUCAUCCUCAGUCCCUCCUGGUCAGUUUGUGACAAAUCUUCAAUUUGCUAUUGAAUUCAUAAACGAAGGCACUCUAGUCCUAAACUGGAUUUAAAUUUCGUUCUAAUAUCAUAAAAAUAUUUUUUGUUGUUUUUUGAACUUUGACCACCGUAGCUUUUUUAAAACAUCGUCUUCCCCUACUCUGUGGGUUCUUUUUUGAGGGGAGAUUUGACUCUCAGAGGAAAAAAGAGGACUUGGACAGGGGAGGGCUUAGACGUCACCGAAAUGUACCAGAGCCUGGCCAUGGCUAACCACGGUCCCCCUCCCGGGGCUUACGAGACCGGAGGGCCUGGAGCCUUCAUGCAUGGAGCCGGGGCCGCCUCCUCCCCAGUCUACGUGCCCACUCCCCGAGUGCCGUCUUCCAUGUUGAGCUUGUCUUACCUGCAAGGCGGCGGAUCAGGGGCGGCCGGAUCCGGACCGGGAGGGAGCAGUUCUAGUAGCAGCGCAGGGGCUGCCCCGUCGGGGAGCGGGACCGCUGCACAGCAGGGCAGUCCGGCUUGGAGCCAGCCUGGGCCCGAGGGCUCUGCUUACACGCCUCCACCCAUGUCGCCCCGCUUCUCCUUCCCAGGAGCCACUGGCUCGUUGGCAGCCGCUGCAGCAGCAGCCGCAGCCCGGGAGGCAGCCGCCUACGGCACCGGUGGGGCUGGAAGCGCAGCUGGCCUCGGAGGCCGCGAGCAGUAUGGGCGGCCCAGCUUCGGGGGCUCUUAUUCUAGCCCCUACCCCGCCGCCGCCGCAGCAGCCGCUGCAGCCUACAUGACAGCUGCAGACAUGGGAGCAUCUUGGGCUGCAGCCGCAGCAGCUUCUGCAGGGUCUUAUGACGGACCAGGACUGCACAGUUUGCCCGGCCGGGCCAACCCAGCUACAAGACACCCCAAUCUAGAUAUGUUUGAUGACUUCUCCGAAGGUAGAGAAUGUGUCAACUGUGGGGCCAUGUCUACCCCUCUCUGGAGGCGAGAUGGAACAGGUCACUAUUUAUGCAAUGCCUGUGGACUCUACCAUAAGAUGAAUGGCAUCAAUAGGCCUCUUAUAAAGCCACAACGUCGUCUGUCUGCCUCCCGACGGGUGGGACUCUCCUGUGCAAAUUGCCAGACUACAACUACCACGCUAUGGCGCCGCAAUGCAGAAGGGGAGCCUGUCUGUAAUGCCUGCGGCCUUUACAUGAAGCUGCAUGGGGUCCCAAGGCCUCUUGCAAUGAGGAAAGAAGGGAUUCAAACAAGGAAACGGAAGCCCAAGAAUCUUAACAAAGCCAAGACAACAUCAGGUCCCACAGGCAGUGAGAGUCUCACUCCCACCACCAGCACUGCCAGCAGCUCUAGCAAUACCACCAGCACUGAGGAGAUGCGUCCCAUCAAAACAGAGCCAGGGCUCUCCUCCCAUUAUGGCCAUACCAGCCCCAUGUCUCAGUCAUUCUCAGUCAGCUCGAUGUCAGGCCAUGGGGCCUCCAUCCAUCCAGUUCUCUCAGCCCUGAAGAUCUCUCCUCAGGGCUACCCAUCUCCAGUCAGCCAGUCCCCACAGGCUGGCACCAAGCAGGACUCCUGGAAUAGCCUCGUCUUAGCUGAAAGUCAUGGGGACAUCAUCACUGCAUAAUCUCACCUCUUUCUCCACCUCAAACUCCUCACAUGGACUCUGGGAUUUGGGAGGCCAGGGGAGAAAAGAGAUUUGGGACUUUCUGUAGCCAGAAUUCCCAAUUCUUCCCCUUGAUGAGACUGACUCCAGAAGAAUGAUUUGGAAGAAACUUGAAGGCCACUUGGGUAGGAAAACUGGAAAGAGCCUGGAUCAUCGAGUACAGAGACCCACCCUCCACAGACCAAAUGGGGAAAGCUUCUUCAUUGUAGUCAGAAACCAUUUCUCAUGUGACUUCCUCCUGCAAGAUUUCCUGAUGGGGAGAUCUUUUCCUUUUAACCAUUUCACUCCCAUGACCUAAGACUUGAGGCUUUGCUUGGAAUCCAAAGCCACACCAGAGAAGAAGGUCUGAUUGGGCACUGCCCCUAAGCUGAGCUCAGUGACUUUGGGAUGGCAAGGUUUUGGAGGUGGGAGGAGGAUCUUUCCAGAAACCAGUGAUUCUUAUUCCCAUACUCUCUGAACCUUCACUUGUGAUACAACUCUCAUGCAUAACAUAAAAUGUGUCUUCCUUGCCUCCUCUCUUGGGCUAUUUCAAAGGUUGUGGACCAAGUUAUAUGUAUGAUGAUGAGAUAUUAACUGGCUUAAAUGUUUGACUGAUUUUUUUUUCUAAAUGGAAAUCUUCUACCUGGCAGGUAAAAGCCUCAAGAGAGUUGGAAAAAAACAUCCCAUAGAGGAAAGCACUGAGUGUGACCCCUUGGAAAGCCACCACUGUGAGCCUCUCUGGAAUUGGUCUUUUUUCCUUCCCUGCUUUGCCCCACUACUGCUGUCCUAAAAUACUGCUGAUUCAAAGAGGGCCCCAGGGCCCCACAGAGACUCUUCACCAUGAUCUUUUUUCUUUCUCAUAAACAGUGCUGUAACUGUCUAUGACAUUACCUACCCCUGACCCAAAAGAAUCUAACAGUAGUGAAGAGCAUCUUUAAAACAAGGUUCAAUUUUCAUCUCCUAUUUUGUUCCCUUCCAUGAAGGAUGGAUGCCCACACCCUCCCUAACCCCACAGACCCGUUAACGUUGUCUUAAGGUGAGGUUGCUGUAAAAUCAGUAUUUAACUAAUAAAUUUUAUCUCUGCUAAUCUUUCUAUUCUCUUUCCCUUUCAGAGGCCUUUAUUUUGUAAUGUUUGCUGUUGCCAUUUGGCAGGGAAAUUCCAAGUACAGAGCCCUAUCCUUACAGUUUCUGCACAAGUUUCUUCCUUUAUAACUCUGACAGAGAUAUCCCCUUUACAUAUGGUACAAUGUAGAAAGAUCCAAGGACCAAGAGUCCAGAGACCUGUGCUUUUAGUCCCUGUUCUGCUGCUACUUGGCUGGUUUGACCAUGGACUAUUCCUCCCCCUUGGUUGACUUCAAUUUAUCUACUGUAAAAUUGGGAGAAUUGGACUAGACUCCGCCAUAACUAGGACAGAAUGAGCAACAUUCAAGGGACAUGCUUCCCGAUGAGAACUCCAUACCUUGCUGUAGCAGCUGCCCUGAUUCUGUCUUCUGGCCCAAGGUGGCCAUACCUCUGGAGGUUAAUCCCUCCUCUCUCCCAUGGUCCACCUUCUUAACACAACCAGGGUAAACUGUAGGCACCACCUUAAUUCACCUCAACCGAAUUUGCCUUCGGAAACAAACUUACUUACACGUGUGGAACUAGAUGACCUCUGAGAUCUCCUUCAAAUCUAAAAUCUUAUGAUUUUAUGGAGAAGAAAUCUUAUGUUUCACUUAACUUUCUUAGGGUCCAAGCUUUGGAACACUUUAAAGUAUGGAUGUGGGCAACACUUUUUUUCUCUAAAAAAUA